AUGCCACCAGUUAGUGCAAGGUCGGCUAAAAAUGAGGACAAACGGACACACCCUAGCAGUACAGAGGAAAUAAAGUUCCAGUUGGAACAGAUCCAGAAACAAUUGGAUGAAUCUAGAGCUCAAGGAGAGGAAGAAGGUGAACCUAAGCAGUCAAACCUACCGUUCUCUAGUAUGUUGAGCAGAAGGGAUGCUAGGUCUUCUAUGCCUGUUUUUGCAGGUAGUAACGUUCAUAACGGAGUACUGAAGGCAAAUUCAGGUAAAGAUAUGAAUUUCGUGGUUGGUUUAAGUGAAAACUUAUUGCUGGAAUGUAGGAGGCUACAAGCUGAGAACGAAAUGAAGUCUGUAAAAUUAAAGGGCUUACAAUUGGAGCAUGAACAACUGCAAGCGAGCUUUAGUCAAUUAAACCAACGCUUCGCUAGUACUUCCAAGGAGGAUGCUGCCCUUAAAGAUGUAAACUGGGAGCUAGAAAUGAAGUUGCAGACAAUGUCCCAGGAAUUCGCAGAUUUGUCCGAGUUAUUUGGCAAGAACAAGAAAGCGUUACAGAAACAAAUUGAUUUAACUAACGAAGUCAAAACUGAAUUGGAGGCUGUCAGUUUACAAAAGGAUGGUCUGCAAAGUGCACUAGAAGGUAAGGAACAAAAAUUUUUGUCAGAAAUUACGGAACUAAAGCAACACAUAGGGGAAUUAAACGAGGAAAACGAGCAAUUAAAUUCUAAAAUCGAACUUUUAACGUCUAAGGUCGAAACUUUAACGAAUGAGUUGACGAAGAGGAAGGACAUCAAUAGCGAUAGAUCUGUUGCGUCGGUGAAUGCCACAGACGGGACUAAUAAUAAUCAAGAAGAUUCGGAACGCCACUCUCUAGAUAUUAGGGGAACUCAAGUAAGUCAACCUAGUACAAUAAGAGAGGGCUUAGAGUAUGAAACAUUAAAGGCCGAUUUGACGCAUGCUACGCAAACUAUUUCGAAACUUAGGCAACAAAUACUUCGUUUGAAGGCGGAUAAAACUGCUGAAAGGUCAAGUGUCAGAUCAGGAAAAUCUAAAAGAAAGCUGGAGUACAAUUUACAUCCAAGUGAACGUACUGAAAGUGCGCUAACUGUUGAUGGGCUUAAUGACACAUUUGAUGAACCUGCAAGCUUAAGGGAUAUUAGCAGGGGGACAUUCUCUGAUCUAAACUUUGGUUCUGAUGUGGAAACAUCUAGCAUUGUUUCCGAUACCCAAAACAGGAAUCCUCUAGCAAGUAUUUUUGACAGUGAUUCUAACGACGAAGUUAGACUAGAAUUACAACGUGAUGAGGUUGAAGCAUACGCUAAAAGUCAUAAUUUAGUGAUUUUGACCGAGGAGGCAUAUAAGAAUUUACAAUUCUCAUUAUCGGAUUCCUCUAAAUCCAUAGACAAUGGUAAGGAUACAUCACUUGAAGAUGAAAUGGUUUUCAAACUUCAAACACUUGGUUACAAAGUGUUAUCAAAAGACAUGUAUGAGGAGUUGAAUAAGAAGGUGAAAAUGUUUGAGUGUCCCACACUUUCUUACUUGGAAUCUAAGGCGCGGGGUAUUGGAAAGGCUGUGGUCGACAGAGCCCAGUUCGAAUCCCUAGAAAACCCCUCCGUAAAUGAAUUUAUUAGGCAAGCAAAGUCCCAAGGUCUUGAGGUAUUGUCAACUGCUGAACAUAAGAAACUUAUUCAAUGUAUUGAAAAUCCAUCAUUAGAAUACUUGACCGAAAAUUUGAAGAAGUACCAUCUUUGUACUCUUUCGGAGCAGGACUAUGCCUGUUUCAAAAACCCAACAUUAUCUUAUUUAUCUAAUCAAUCAAGACUACUUGGGAAGUCACUAAUUGAUACUGAAAAGUUACAUGGAUUAACGAAACCAACCAUAGAGCAGAUUUCUUUUAGGGCUAGCGAACUAAAGCAUGUGUUGCUACCAAAAGAUACCCAUGAUAGAUUAAUAAAUCCAUCAAAGCAGAUGGUAGAGAAAUAUGCUGCGUCCUAUGACGAUGUACUAGUAUCGCUUGAUGAGUAUGAGGCGCUGCAAAGUCCUUCUCUGGCGACAAUGCAAGAAAAACUUGAUGGUAUGGCUUACACUGCAUUACCAAUUGAAGAUCUAAGUAAACUGAGAAAUGAAAUUGCGAAUCCAGGGAUCGACCAAUUACAACUGGCCGCUCGUAAAAACCGUUGUAUUCUUUUGAAAGAUACAGAUUAUGAAAAUUUGAUACGGGAUGCUACACCUUCUUUGGAAAAUAUUAAAAAACAUAUGGAGCACUAUGGCAAUCAGGAGCUUCUAUUUUGGCUUGCCGAUAAACUAUCUUACCAGGCCGUGCCCUUGACCGAAUAUAAGGAUCUAAUAAAUCAGACCCAGAACCCAUCAAUUGAGUUUUUGUCACAAAAGGCUGCUUCUUAUAACUAUGUUUUCUUGGAAAGGAACAAGUACCAUGAGAUGUUACAUAUGCUUGAAAAUCCAACGGAUCUUUACUUGGAAACAAAAUGUGGGGAAAGAGAUCAGGUGGUAGUUAAUAGGGAUGAUUAUGAGUUCUUCAAACAGCAUAUUGAAGCUCCUAAACUCGAGUUUAUGUCAAAGCACGCUGCAAAGCUGGGCUUUACACUGAUUGAACGAUCUGCUCUGUCUAAACUAAAUGAUGAUAUUGCUUCCCCAUCAUUAGACUACUUAAGAUCUAAGAGUGCAACUGCUGGUUAUAAAUUACUGACAUCUGAGGAAUAUGAGAAGCUGAAAGAAUUGGCAGAAACACCUCCGUUGCAGCAUAUUAGAUCAAAAGCGACACUAUAUGGUCUGGCAACAGUGGAGCAGUCAGAAUACCAGCGUAUCUUACGGAAGUCUAAGCAACCUACUCAAGAGGAGUUAAAGGAUUUUGCGCGUAAACUAGACCAAGUAGUUCUUUCAUUCGCAGAGUAUCAAAAACUGAACUCUGAUCUUCAAAGUCCAUCUCUUGAUUAUCUGGUUGAAAAAGCUGCUACUUACAAUAGAGCUUUGUUAUCCAACGAUGAACUGUCUAGGCUACGUUCGAGUGUGAACAAUCCAACACUCACGUAUCUUUCAGAUAAGGCAAGAAGUCUAAAGCAUGUUAUUCUACCAUCAUCUCAUCACGCCGAACUCAACGAGAUGGCAUAUGCUCCUACUAUGAGCCAUUUAGAGCUCAAGGCUAAGGAAAAAGGUAGUGUAGUAGUUUCCUCCGAAAAAUAUGAAAGUAUUCUGGCUAAUGCGAAUGAGCCAUCGUUAGAACAUUUGAUGUAUAAGGCGAAAGAAAAAGAUUAUGUCGUUAUUCCAAGGAGUGAGCACUCAAAGUUGAUAGAAAACCUAGAGCAUCCGUCUUUGGAACAUUUGAAGCAUAUUGCCAGGGAUAGUGGUAAUGUUGUCAUUAGUAUGGACAAGUAUUCGCAAAUGCUUGAUGAACUUGAAAAACCAACCUUGGAUUAUUUGAAACUAAAAGCUGCAUCUCAAGAUCAUAUUGUGGUUCCUAACGCUGAAUAUGAAUCCUUGCAAAAUACAGUAGGUGCUCCAACUAUGGAAUUCUUACAAUCAAAAGUUCUAGCAAGAUCUUGUGUUAUGGUUCCUUCUCAGGACUAUAAAUUGAUGAUUGAAAAUAAUACCAAGCCUACACUAGAAUACCUAAACACUAAGGCCAAAGCUUUUGAUUGUGUAGUGGUUUCUGAAUCAGAUUACAAAAAAUGGAAAUUGGACUCGAGUGAGUAUUCAAAACUGUUGAAAACCCUGACACCUUCUUCGUUGCAGCUUUUAAAAGAGCACGGUAUCGGUUAUCAGAUUAUUCCUUUGGAUGAGUAUAAUCAACUUGUUGAACUAUCCUCUAAUCCACCUCUAGAUUUCCUCACCAAAAGCGCAAAGAGUAAGGGAUUUAGUUUAGUAGCGACAAGCGAAUAUGAUAAAUUGUUGAAGCUUGCAUUUGAUCCAACCGAUAGUGAUAUAGCCGAAAAGCUAAGAAAAACGGGACACAUAAUGGUGCUUGAAGAUACUUAUGAGUCUAUGAGGCGGAAAUUAGAUACACCACCUGAGUCCUACUUAGAAGAAAAGGCUAAGCAAAGGGGUAUGGUUCUUAUCACUGCGGAAGAAUAUAAGGAAACUGCUAGGAAAAUUAAUGACAAGGACUCAAUUUUAGCCUCAGUUCGUUCGUUUGGUUAUGAGCCAGUUUCCUGCCAUGAGUUGGAAUCCUUAAAAAAGUCUUCAAUUGAGAGGGCAGAAUUAUCGGAAUUGCAAAUCCGCUUGGUUUCACUGGGCUAUGUAUCCAUAAGGAAAUCUGAAUACGAUGAUUUAAACGCCCCUACUAUUGAGAGGGUAAAUAAAAGUGACACGAUAAAGUUGUGUAAACGAUAUGAUUUGAAACCCGUUCCUCUAAAGGAAUAUGAGAAACUGAAGGAAGAUUCACAACCUUACAUUUAUUCUGCAGAUGAAUUGAUUACCAUGGUAGAGUCAAAUGGUAGUGUUGUGGUAUCUGAAGCUGCGUAUACUGCAUUAAAGAAUUCAGCUGAAUCACCAACUUUGGAAGAGGUAGCAAAACAUGCAUCCGCGUAUAAUAUGGGUCUAGUUGACAAGACACAAUAUUCACAAUUAUUGAGGUCCUUGGAGUCUCCAUCAGUUAAAGAAUUGGAACUCAGGGCAACAUCUCUUGGCAUGAAGUUGCUUGAGAAUGAUAAAUAUGUAUCGAUACUAAAGGUCUGUGAUACACCCUCAAAGGAUUUCUUAGAAAGGAAAGCAUCGGAUAUUGGUUAUGUUCUUAUGAAAACUUCUGAAAGAAAUGAAUUGGUUGAACAGGCUAAUAACCCUUCAAUUGCCCAUCUCACGGCGAAGGCAAGUGCGCAUAGUAUGCUACUUUUAGAUCAGAGGAAAUACGAUGAAAUUUACCAGAAGGCGGAAUUUCCGACAUUGCAAGAAUUGGAAAGUAAGGCAGCUUCCUUAAAAAUGAGAUUAGUUUUGAAUGACGAAUAUGAAAAUUUGGUUAAGAAGGCAACAGAGCCCGAACUCUCAUUCAUAAAAACAUCUGCUGCAAAACUAGGCUAUCUCAUCAUUUCUAAGGAUGAAUAUAAACUGUUCCAACAUGCUAUAGGAAAGCCCCAGCUUGAUGAACUUACUGAACAGAUUAAAGCUUUUGAUUGCGUUAUUAUGCAGAAGAGUGAUGCUGAUCGCCUCUUAUCAACAGUAGCGAAUCCAACUGAGGAUUUUAUAGCCGAAAAAGCUGCAACCUAUGGGAAGGUUUUAACUGAUAGGACAGAGUUCGAGGAGUAUUCAAGAAACGUAUUACUUCCUGAUGUGUCUUUUAUAUCUGGACUGGCCAAAAAGCUAGACUAUGUGUUGAUUUCAGAAAAGGAACUUAACAAGCUGAAUUCCCUGAUUGAAGAGCCUGACCUAUCAUAUCUAUCCGAUAAAGCACACGCAUUUGGAAAACACCUGGUUGAUGCUAAAGAGCAUACUAAAAUGCUGUCGCAGAUUCAAAAUCCAACCUACGAUUGUCUGGUAAGUUUAGCGAAGAAAAUUAAUCACGUCGUAAUUCCUGAGGUUGAACACGGUAAAUUAAUCAACCAUAUUCAAAACCCAUCUGAUACAUAUUUGAACGAAAUUGUAGCAAGCAGAGGAAACGUUGUGAUUACGAGUAAGGAAUUUGGUGAAUUGUUAACUAACACAUCAUCGCCAUCUCUCUCAUUUUUGGAGAAACAUGCUAAGACCUAUUCUAGGAUUCUUGUCGACGAAUCUGAAAUUCAGGAAUUAUCUAGUGCAGCUAAAGCGCCAUCCUUAGAACAUAUUAAAGAGAAGGCGGAAGCUAUAAAUUUUGAGGUAAUAGAAAAGGGUGUGUAUGAAACUCUUGUUCGGCACAAGGAUGCUCCUACUUUGGAAUUCAUUAUUAACCAUGCAAAGGCCUAUGAUCAUGUAGUGAUCGAAAAGACAUGCUAUGAAGAGUUGCAGGCAUAUAAGUUAAACCCUUCCUUUGAAGCUUUGAGUGAACUAGCAUCAAAAUUUGACUGUACUGUCCUGCAUAAUCACAGAUAUGAGGAAAUGACAAAAAUUGUGGAAACCCCAUCCCUAUAUGACUUGAAGGUGCAGGCCAAAAAAUUAGAUAAAACACUUGUAGAUCAAGUUGAAUAUUCCAACUUACUUCAAAAAAUCGAAGCACCUGACCUAGAAUAUUUGAAUGAUAAAGCAAAAUUGAGAGGUCUGACUAUUGUUGAUUCGGUAAGGUAUAAUGAGUUACUUGAAAUUUCAGAAAAACCUUCAAUCGACUUUAUCGAUAACCAUAUUCAACGUCUAUCUCGAAUCAUGUUAAGUCGCGAUGAAUACAAUACACUAAAAGAUAGUGUUACAAAUCCUGAUAUUGAUUUCUUGACCAGUAAAGCUAAGGAAAAAAACUUAACCAUGGUCUCUUCCGAUGUAUUGGCUUCAAUGGAAUCGAACUUGACUUCCCCUUCAGAGGACUUUUUGUGCUCAAAAGCUGCGGCAUUUGGUAAGAUAUUAGUUGACAAGGAUACUUAUGAAAAAACUAAUUCAACCGUGACAUCUCCUCCGCUUGAGUUCCUAAAAGCCCACGCUGCUAAACUAAAUAAAGUGAUAGUGGAUUCUGCUGAAUGGAAUGUCCUUCAAAAGCAAUCAAGACAACCAUCUGAAGAGUUUUUGUCUCAUAAUGCAGAAAUUCUUGGUAAGACCCUGAUUGGUAUAGAUAGUUUAAAGAAAUUAAGGGAGUCAGCAGAAAAACCGUCUUGGCAAACAAUCAAGUCAAUUAUACAUGGAAAAGAUUUCUGUCUGGUUGAGGCUGCAAAGUAUAAAAUACUAGAAGAUGCUGCGUCUACGCCUUCAAUCGACAUUAUUCGCAAAAACUUGGAUACUUCGAAAUAUUGUUUACUUAACAUUGAUGAGUAUAAUAGAUUGAUUGGGCAUGCAGAAAAUCCUACCAUAGAAGAUGUUCGAGCUCAUGCAUUCAGGUACGGUUACGAUCUUCUUAAAGCUGAAGAACUAGUAGACUUUGGAAUGCCUACAAAUUCGCGUAAAACUUCCCUCUCCCUUGAACAAGAUCAGAUGACUAUGAAGCCUGGAAAUUACUUUGAAACGACUGAGUCUGUCCAAAGUGUUAAGGAUAAUAUGCUUGAUCGGGUAUCGUUAUCAGUAAGUGAAUAUGAGCAAUUGAAAAACCCAAGCAAGACAACAAUUUUAGAAUAUGCCUCCAAUGUUGGACUACUUUUACUUGAUAAGAAUGAUUUCAAGAACUUAAAGAAUAUUCAAAGUCUUGAUAUGGAUACUAUGAGCGAACUUGCUGAGAAAAUGGGAUUCAAGUUAUUAGCCAUAACUGAGUAUAAAAUUUUAGAAAACAAGGCUUCCAAGCUUGAAAAUAUAUCUCAAACUGAGUUUGAAGAGAUUGCAGAAAGCUAUAAUAUGGUUGCAAUUCCAACAUCUAAAUACUAUGCUAUCAUGGAGGAGGUUAAAGAUAUUGCAAACUUAGGUAAGACGCAUCAUAUGUCUCGUGUACUGGCAAAUAAAGAGUAUUUCGAGCGUGUUAUUCGUCAGGAAAGUACUUUCAGCAGCAGAGAGAAAGCACUUGAACCUCAAAAACCAUCAGGUCUAAUUAAAUUAUCUGCUCAGGAGUACAGGAACUUGCUUACGAAACAAAAUGAUUAUGAGCUGUCUAAAGCCGAUGUUUAUGCGUAUGCUAAACUGUUUAACUUAGUUGUUUUAACAAGUGAGGAGUAUAAGGCCUUAAAAUUGGGCAACAAAAACGUCCGUUUGACAAGCGAAGAACUAGAAGCUUCAGCUGGUAGUUUAAAGCUAAAGUCUGACCCAUCGGCCAAAGAAGGUAAGCUUUUGAGUGAUGCUGGUGAACCGGCGGACACUAUCAGUACUGUUACUACAGAAGCUGAAUUUUUCGAUGCUUGUCAAAGUAAUGUCGAUUUUAGGGAUAUACGUCCUAAGAAUAGCAUAUCCUCGCUGUCAAUGUAUACAGAUGCGCUGGAUCUUCAUGGAAGUAAUAACGAUGCCAUAUCUGUUGCAUCAACUAUUCGUCUAGAAUCCACUAAUGCGUCAAUACCAGUUAACGAAUCACUAUCUGCACUAAAAUUGCGGGCGCUCUCCAUGGGUUAUAACCUAGUGCCGCUCAAAACAAGUGUUGUUGAAAAACAUAAAACUAGUUCAGUUGGUGAUACUUCUGGUUUGCAGGAACGUUCCUUACCGGACUUCCCGGGGAUGGUUCACGACGAUCGUUCAAUUAGAACCGAUUCUGAAAGCCUUAUCAGUGCCUGGGACGAGGGCUUAAUCUUCCAAAAAGCUAAGCUGUUUGGUUUAGAGGUCAUCACUAAGGAUGAAUUUGAGGACUACAAAAAACUAACUGAGCAGUUUUCUUCCGAGGAGGGAUUAAUCCAAAGAGCUUCGGAAAUGGGGUUGAAUUUUAUUACCAACAGUGAAUUGGAACGUAUGAGGAAAUAUAGGGCGUCUUCGGUAACUUUUGAAGACUUGGAUAAUUACUUGGAAUCAAAAGGUAAGUGUGCUGUAGCUUUAACAGAAUUGCAUGAAUUAAGAGAGCAAAUUGAGCUUUUGAAAACCUCCUCAGAACUAAAUAAAGAGACCAUAUUGAAAUAUGCCCCAGUGUAUGAUUUAGCUGUGCUGCCUGCAAAGGACUACAGGGAUAUGUUGCAAUCUCUGAAACAACCUAUGGUGAUUGAAGAUGUUAUUGCUAAGGGACAGGAACUGGGAUACGCUGUAAUCCCCAAAAUAAAAGAGAAGUUACCCGUUAAAGAAGGCACAGUUGAUGAUGCCAUGUUGGAAUCAUAUGCAAGAGAGAAUGAUAAGGUUUUGUUGGAUAGGACUGUAUACCAAGAUUUAAAGGUGAAGUCCAUUCUGGUUUCUUCCACUCCUAUUAUGACGGUUGAAAUGUUCAAAGAGAAAGCAAAGGAUCACGGAUUAGUGGCGUUGCCUAUAGAAGAAUACAAUACUUUGAAAAAGCCAGUCACUGUGGAACGAGCAUCUAAUAUUGCAAAGGAGUACAAUAGUGUCUUGAUUCCAAAAGAAGAAUAUGGCCACCUGCUUGACAUUGAAGAUCAAUUCGAAGAAAAGACUCCAAUUACAAGGGAAGAGCUUGUCGAAAGAGCGCGUGAGUUUGGUUUGGCUGUAUUGGAUAAUAAAAGGUUCCAGAAAAUUAAAUCGCAGUUGGCCACAAAUUCGGGUAUCAUUACGGCAAAUGAUCUUAUUGCAAAGGCAGCCGAGUUUGAUCUCGUUCCAAUCCAUAAGGAUCAAUUCGAGCAAAUAAAACUAGAGUUAGAAAGUCCAACUCUCACCAAAGAGCAAAUUGUACAGCAAGCUGUCAAGUUCGAUUUGGUUGCAAUUGAUCUAAAAGAAUAUGCUAGAAUGAAGAGGCAUUCCCGUGGAUCUUUCUCUGGUAUUCUGGAUACAUUUGAUAUGCUUAACGAUAUUGAAAGCGUUUCUGACACCGACAAUUUGGAUUCCCAAGUUAAAAGUGUCACUAUAGCAGCCAAAAAACUGGGAUUGUUGUGUAUCCCAGAAUCUUCGUUUGUUGCAACGUCGUUUGCAAGUGUUCCUGACGUCGAAAACGUAGUUGUUUUACCAACCACCUACUAUAAUAAGUUAAUAACCCAAGGAAGGGAUACAUUAGAGAGAUUUGCAGAUUGGGAAUUGCAAUCUGAGAUUAAAAGGCGUGGAAUACGAGCAACAUCUGCGGGGAAAAAAGAUAAUGAAGUAAAUUCAUCUGGUUUGUUUGGGGCUACGAAGCUUUCAAAGUUUCCUACAAGCCGUUCCUCCAUUUCGGUGGAUUCGAGGAGAAGAAAUCUUGUUGAAAUGUCUUCUCUUGCAAUCCAAAGCGACUUGGAACAGUCAAGGGGUACGAAUAGGCUACAGUCUAGCGCUUCUUCUAUUACACGAAACGCAGCAGCAUCUGCAUACGAUUCGACAUGUAUAAAUUACAAUAAUGCAAGCCCAGGAAACACAAUUGGACAUAGCCGUCGUAACUCAAUUGAUAUGGGCUUUUCACUAAUGACAAUGGCUUCCCUCAGUGAGCCUAGUAUAAUACCUGCCCUAACGCAGACUGUUAUUGGCGAAUAUCUAUACAAAUACUACCGUCGUUUGGGUAGGUUCAGCAGUCAAUCAAAUCUAAGGCAUGAAAGGUAUUUCUGGGUUCAUCCUUAUACCUUAACCUUGUAUUGGUCAACCUCAAACCCUGUGUUAGAUAACCCAGGUGCUAUAAAGACUCGAGCGGCAGCAAUCAUUGGUGUUGAUAGCGUGAAUGAUCCAAAUCCAUUCCCAGCCGGCUUGUAUAAUAGAAGUAUUAUUGUCAAGACGGAAUCUCGUGAGCUUAGAUUGACAUGUCCAACACGGCAGCGGCAUAACAUUUGGUUUAAUGCUCUUCGCUAUUUAGUACAAAGAAAUAUGGAUGGUAUUAAUUUAGAGGACGUUCACGAAUCCGCUGGAAGAAUCAGUUUUCUUCCAGGUGAAGACAUAAGCAACGCAGCAAGCCGCUUGUCUACCACAAGAGUAACCAGCAACUCCUCAAAACAGCUACGAAGAUCAGGAUCCAUGUUUGCUUUGAGAUAA